CGUGUUACUGGACAAAAAAAAAGGAAAUGUUCCUUUAUUACGUUUGUAAACACUAACUGCGCGCACUGCCCAUGAACCGUAAAACCAAUUCCUACGUUUUGCACCGGGGCAUUGUGGGUAAUGAGGCUCAGCGGUGUCACGUUUUGAAUCCAGCAUGGCAGCGAAACAGAAAAGAAAAUUAGAAGACCUGAGUGUGGAUGAGUUCCUGCUGUCAGGGUUUGACUCUGCAGGUGAAGAUGAACCAGAAGAAGAGACCCCAAAACAGAACGGACUCAAGAAAAAGAACAAAAAUAAAGAUGUGAACUCUGCAUCUCCCGAGACUGAUGAAAAGAAGGCAGGUAAGGCCUCUGAGCACAAGGAUCAGCUGUCCAGGUUAAAGAAUAAAGACCCCGAGUUCUACAAGUUUCUGCAAGACAACGACCAAACACUGCUGAACUUUGACGACAGCGACAGCUCUGACAAUGAGGAGGAAAAAAAGUACCACAAAUUGCCGUCUGCGCUGGAGGAGGCCAGCUCCGGUGAGGAAGAUGGAGACGACGAGGAAGGUUCGAAGAAAUCCAAGAAAUCAGUGGAGACCAUCAAAGUCACAGACAAAAUGAUUGAAGAGUGGAAAGCUGCGAUGAAGAAGGAACCCACCCCUCGUCUCUUCAGAGAAGUUACGCAGGCCUUUAAGGCAGCUGUAGCUACCACAAAGGGCGAAGGAGGGGGUCAGUGUCGAUACAAGGUGGCUGACAGUUCAGUGUUCAACUCCUUGGUCCUGUUCUGUAUUAGAGAUAUUUACGUGGCCAUGCAGAGGAUGCUCCACCUAAAGCCAGAUAAAGACCAGAAAAAGUUAGUGCUACCAUCGUCUAGUCCAAAGUGGCAAAAGAAUCAUAUUGACAUCAAGAUGUAUGUCAGUGGAGUAGUUCAGCUGUUAUCCUGUCUAACAGAGGCUACAGUCAUCAGCGCUGUCCUGCGUCACGCCAACCAACUCGUGCCUUAUUACCUUUGUCUACCCAAACAGUGUCGCCAUCUGGUCAAGCAACUGCUGAAGCAGUGGAGCACAGGGGAGGAAACAAGCCGAGUUCUCGCCUUCCUGGCGCUCAACAAAAUCUGCAGACACAAGCAGGACACAUAUCUUAACCCCAUUCUCAAGCAAAUGUACAUUUCCUACGUACAAAACUGCAAGUUCACCUCUCCCAAUGCGCUGCCCAUGAUCAAUUUCAUGCAACGAACUCUAACAGAGAUGUACUCACUGGACACACAGGCCACUUACCAGCACACCUUUAUUUACAUCCGACAGCUGGCCAUCCACCUGAGAAACGCCAUGACCAUGAAGAAAAAGGAAACAUAUCAGUCGGUGUAUAACUGGCAGUACAUCCACUGUCUGUACCUCUGGUGUCGCGUGCUCAGCACCUUGCACCCCAGUGAUGUCCUCCAACCUCUCAUCUAUCCACUCUGCCAGGUCAUAAUUGGCACCAUCAAACUGGUGCCCUCAUCAAAAUAUUACCCUCUGAGGAUGCACUGUUGCAGAGCCCUCACCCUGCUGUCGAGCAGCACCAACACAUUUGUGCCUGUGCUGCCUUUCCUGUUGGAGAUCUUCCAACAAGUGGACUUUAACAAGAAGCCCGGGCGAAUGAGCAAGAAACCCAUCAACUUUGCGGUCAUCCUGAAGCUUGGCAAAGUCAACCUGAUGGAGAAAGCCUACAAGGACGGACUGAUUGAACAGCUGUAUGACCUGAUACUGGAAUACUUCCACACUCAAGCCAGCACCAUUGGCUUCCCAGAACUCGCCCUACCCACCAUCAUUCAGCUGAAAGCGUUCCUGAAGGAAUGCAAAGUGGCCAAUUACUGCAAGCCGGUGCGCCAGCUGCUGGAGAAGGUACAGGAGAACAGCAGCCACAUCACAGGACGGAGACAGAAGGCCGCCUUCGGAGUGGCCGACGCUGCCGCUGUGGCGGCCUGGGAGAAGCAGCUCAAGGAGGAGGGGACUCCUCUCAGCAAGUACUACACCCAGUGGAAGAAGCUGAGGGAGAAGGAGAUCCAGCUAGAGAUCUCUGGCAAAGAGAGGAUGGAGGAUCUGGAACUCCCAGAGAUCAAACGUAGGAAGAUUCAGGAGAAGAAAGCAGAGGACAAGAAAGAGUUCAAGGAUCUGUUUGAGUCUGACAGUGAAUCAGAAGACGGUGACGGUAGAGGGUUCAAGAUUAAAGGUAAAAAGGGCAGCCGUGGGUCGGAUGAUGAUGAUCUUGACCUGUCUGAUAUGAGCGAUGAUGAAGGAAUGGAGGGAGGAGACUCAGAUGAUGAUGAUGAUGAGGAUGAAGAGGGAUCCAAGGCUCCUCAGCCACUGUCGUCCUCUGCUCUGAUAAAGCUGGCGGAGGGAGACGAGGAUGUGGUGGAGGACCUGGAGCUGUCUGACGAUGACUGAGAGACCGUCUCAAGUCAGCCAGUGCAUUCUCACAGUAUUUUUGGACUUCUGCUUUUUAUUACUUCACUUGUACAUUACAAAAGUGUUGGUGAUAUAACUUUGUCAAGCAUUGAAAUUCUAUUAAAAAAAUGAUUUCUUUGACCUUCCUA